AUGAGGCCAACUACCGACAAAUAUUGUGUCACCAAGUUCGCCGGCCCGACCGGCAACACUUUUAGCAUCGUGCCGUACCCACUUAAGGACACAUUCUGGGAACUCUCCGUGACUAUCCACACCAUCGCAGCAUUUCAUACACCCAAGACAACUCAAAUGGCCACUAUCGACUCGCUGAAGCGCGCCCUGACGCAAGGCGCCACGGCAAUGGCCACUUCAAAGCAGCCGUUGUCCGAAGCUCAGUAUAGCGCCAGCUUUGAUCUCUUCAUACAGGGCCCGGGGUGGAAAACCUACCAGGACUUCAUUGUCCCGCAUCUCUCUCAUCUGCUGUCUCCCCUCUUCGAAGCUCGUCUCCAUGUUUCGGUCCUGGAAAUCGGUCCAGGCCCGAAAACGGUCCUUGGCUACCUACCUGAUCAGCUCAGGCGCAAGAUCAAGAAAUACACGGCCCUGGAGCCCAACGGCUUGUUUGCGACGAGGUUGGAAGAAGAGCUCCAAUCUGGCUCUGACGCAGAGUCCUUACUCCCCUGUUUGGAAAGCCCGCCUGGCAUUCACCAAGCUCCGUUCGUUUUGGGGGACAAGAUCCAGGACGGCGGCGAAAGGUUCGAUGUCAUUCUUUUCUGCCACAGCAUGUACGGCAUGAAUCCCAAACGCAGCUUCAUCGAGCAGGCGCUGGAGAUGCUUGUUGAGCAACCACACGACGCAUUGGUGGUCGUUUUCCAUCGCGAAAGCCUGGAUCUGGAUGGCCUAGUGCCCCAUAAAACGGCGUGUUUCCCCGAUGGCGUUGUUGGCGCGCCACUUGACGAUAAGACACUGGAUUCGUUCACCCCUUUCGUCGCGGGUUUUGGCACGCAGGACGAGGCUGUCCGAGCCAAAUGGCGCGAAGUGUGCCGCACGUUGGGUCGCCGUGAGGCAGCGUAUCCAGACCAUCUCCUGUUCGCCGCGCCCGAGGUUGUGGCGACUUUCACCCGACACGCAACUGCAUUGCCAAAGUUGACGGCGGAGGUACCGUUGGCAACCGGCGGCAACACGAUCAAGAAUAGGGAGGCGCGCCUGCGCCGCCCUGCCGCGGUCCUAAAGCCCACAGAGAUCGGACACGUGCAGGAGUGCGUCCGAUGGGCGUUGAAACGCAACGUCGGCUUAACCGUCAUUGGUGGGGGUCACAGCGGUCACUGCCUUUGGUCCAAUGUCGUCGCAGUCGACAUGGGUGCCUUCGACCAAGUACACAUCGUCAAGGACGGAGAUCAUCCCGACUUUGGGCCCCUAAUACACGCCGAGGCUGGCUGCAAGACGGGUGACGUCGUCCGUAGCGCUAUGGCGGCUGGCCUCACCGUGCCCUUGGGAGCACGCCCAAGUGUGGGCGCGGGGCUGUGGCUACAAGGCGGUAUUGGGCAUCUGGCGAGACAAUACGGGCUGGCGUGCGAUGCCAUCGUUGGUGCCGUCGUGGUCAGCGUCGAGUCUGGGGAGAUCAUCAGCGUUGGCUACGUCGCAAGCGAGCAUCGGCCCGCUGGUGCCGUGUGUCUGGAUGAGACGAACUUAUUAUGGGCCAUCAAGGGCGCCGGGACAAACUUCGGCAUCGUGGUCAGCGUGACUUUCAAGGCUUAUCCGGCUCCGACAUACUCAGUCCGGAACUGGGUCACGCCGUUACGCGAUGGUCUUGAGGCGCGGCACAAACUGACCAUCUUUGACAAAUCGGUCGCCAGAGAAGUCCCUCGGAACUGUUCUGCGGAUGCAUAUCUGUAUUGGAACGGCGGCGAGUUAUGUCUCGGCGUGACCAUGUUCGAAACAUUGGCGCCAACGUCCGAUCUCGAAACAGCCACCCCUACCACCAUCUCUGAAGCUUUCGGGCCACCAUCAAGCUCCAAGACCGUCGACUGCGUCGGUGUGUUCGACACCGAGAUGUACAUGUCGGGAAUGCAUGGCGGGCAUGGCGGCGGCAAGACGUCCUCCUUCAAGCGAAGUUUGUUGCUCAAAGACAUCGGACGAGCCAACGUCGCCGACCUCUUGGUCGCGGCUGUCGAGACCCGCCCCACGCCACUUUGCUAUCUCCAUUUGCUACAAGGCGGCGGAGCAGUUAACGACGUGGCACCGAACUCUACCGCCUUUGGGUGCCGAGACUGGCACUUCGCCUGUGUGGUAACCGGCGUCUGGCCCCGGGAUGAAGACGGAACAGACACAGCUCUCGCUGCCAUCCGCUGGGUUUAUGAGGUCGUCAGCAAGCUGCUGCCCGUAAGCACCGGGGCGUACAGCGCCGACCUCGGACCGGACCCAAGGGACACCGCUCUGGCGGCGAAAGCGUUUGGUCCAAAUCUCCCACGCCUAGCCCGCCUGAAACACGAGUUGGACCCUCGCAGCGUCCUAACGUAUGCUUGCCCGCUCCCAAGAGCGCCGAUGGAAGCGAAACUCAUUGUCCUCGUCACCGGCGAGAGCGGCGCCGGCAAGGACUAUUGCGCCGACGUUUGGGUUUCUGCCUUCACCAAUGGCAAGUUUCGGGCACGUACGGUCAGCAUUAGCGAAGCCACCAAGCGUGAAUACGCCGCCGCUACUGGUGCCGACGUGGACCGCUUGUUCCGGGACCGCGCCUACAAAGAGCAACACCGCCCGGCUCUCACGUCUUACUUCCAGGACCAGGUGCGGCAACGUCCCCGACUACCGCAGGAGCACUUCCUGGACGUAGUCUACAACUCCACAGAUGUGGAUGCACUGUUCAUCACGGGGAUGAGAGAUGAGGCCCCAGUCGCGGCCUUGUCGCAUUUGGUACCCGAUACCAGGCUGCUCGAAGUUUGCGUGAAAGCUAAAGAAGAGGCACGACGGGCUCGUCAAGUGUACGUCGACGGUGACGGUGUUUGUGGCAACAAGAAAAACGGGGAUCGCAAAAACAACGACAACGGCGAGUCAGGUUCGGAGACCUUGGAGAGCCGUCCCAAUCUUAGCUUCGACAAUGACACGUCCGGAGAUGAGGCGGCAAAACUGUUCGCCGAACACCAGCUACUUCCCUUCCUACAUGGGGACCUGCAACGCCUGGCUACCAUGGUCCGCCCGGUACCCGAGUUCCCACGCACAGGCAUUUCAUUCCGCCAUGUCCUCGACAUCUGUCAACGGCCAGGUGGCCUGGCACUAUGCACGUCGCUACUGAUAAGGCACUUCGCUGGUAAUUGGGCCGAAAUCGAUGCGGUGGUGUGUUGCGAGGCUGGUGGCUUCGUCUACGCAUCGGCGUUGGCCUCACAAACCAACGUACCCCUAGCGCUGAUUCGCGAAGGUGGCAAGCUCCCGCCACCUACCGUCACUGUCGCCAAGUCUCCCUCACAUAUAUCGUCCGCAGGAUCCAAUGGGUCAAAAGACAGGAUCGAGAUGGACCGAGAUGUGGUCCGUAGAGGCGCGACAGUCAUGGUGGUGGAUGAUGUCCUUGCUACCGGGCGGACGUUGUGUGCUGUCCUCCGGCUGUUAGGUGAAGUUGGCAUUGUUCCCCAGGACGUCAGCAUCAUGGUGGUGGCAGAAUUCCCUGUUCAUCGUGGCCGGGAACUAUUACGCCGGCAUGGUUUUGGCGGAGCCGAUAUCCAAAGCCUGCUGGUCUUUGGAGGGAUUUAGGACAAUGGGAGCAUCCAAUCCUAGGUUUGGAUAGAGUAUCUUGUUCAAAAUGGGCGUUGGCUCCCGGAAAGCCAGGUAGUCAUAUCAAUAACCAUGGGUACAAUGAAAACACAAGUUUUGUUUGGCUUGUUCGUAGCUCGGUAGUUCGAGUGUGGUAGCGGAGCGUUGCUGCGGGCGGAGAGGUUACCUACAUGUAGCUACGGUAUGUACAUGUAGGUACCUCUAUUACGUCAGAAACGGG